AUGGCAUUCAGUGAUUUAUGUCACAUAGGUAAUGCGUACAAAACCGUCGAAAAUGAAACAGAUCAGUCGGAACGCAUUAUGGAAGAGAACUCGAUCGUCCGUGAUCUCAUCACAAAGAUUCUCGAUGAGACCGGACCUACAGAAGGGAGCAGCUCUAUACAACCACCGGAAAAAACUCUAAACAGUAUACAAACAAACCAGUAUCCAAAAAAUGAUUCUGGCAAUUCCUUCAUACCACCGUCAUAUCAUUAUCAGAAUAACUCAAUGUACAAUUUCAACCAAAACGACCAAAAUGGCUACAGCUUCAACAUGCCGAAUGGAUUUGCCAGCUCAAAUGGUUUCGUCAAUUAUCCCGAUAACGAUGUUACUGCUUUACUCGGGAUGGAUCCCGUGCCAGACACAUCCACCGACACAGUUACACCUGAACAACUAAAUUUACUAAGGCUCGCCGCACAGGAAAUCGGCGGUGCACAGUUCACAACACCGACUAAAUACGAUGAGAAGUUCUACAACUUCUUUGAACCGAGCCAAAGAAACUCACUGCCAGAAACCAACAUGUUCUCAGUGAAUAACUUCAACAGACCAAACAGCUUAAAUUUAGACAUGAACUAUAAUUCCAAUUUUGAAACGCCUUUUAAUAAUGCUCAAAGGUUCCCAAACAAAUUCGAUGGUUUUGUGAAAGAAACUAAUCAGGAAACUGAAUUACUGGCAUAUUUAAACCAACUAAAUAUAUCUGGGGAUAGAAAUCGCGACGAAAAUGGAAUUAAUAAUUUAGAUUUUAAGAUGCCAAUGGAUUUAAAUGGACACUUUCCUAAUGAAGAAUUUAACAAAAUUCAAGAUGACAGGAAUAAAAUGUUCUACAACAGGAAUUUCCAGCAAAUGCCACCAAACACAAAUUUUGGAGAAAAUAAUUUUUACGACAUGAUGUCACAGGUCAACGAUAGGAGUCCAAUGAGCCAGAAUUUCGAUUUUUCGAAUCAAACACCAGUUUCUGCCGCUAGUUCCAUGAAUUACAAGCCAAAUGGAUACAACCAAAAUGACUUUUUGCAAAGGCGUGAUAUGAAUCAAAUGGCACCACGGGAGAAUUUUCAAGGAAAUGGUUCUAUUAGUGAUAGGAACUUUGAUAAUGUUGGAAGGGAAAACAUGCAACAGGCAGCUAUGAUGCGGCAAAAUCAGGAAUUAGCGCGGCAAAUGAGUAUAUUAAUGAGAAACCGACCACCACCUAAUCAGCUAAACGUAGAUGUGUCGUUUCUGCAUGAAAAUAAUCCUUUUAACUUGGGUCUGGGUGCACUGUUAGGCCCAAGUCCGCCUGUCCCACCGCCUGUAUUGCCAUCACCGAUGUUAGAUCUACCUCUGCUUGCACCCUACUAUGCUAUGAGAAAUAUGAGAAGUGCAGCAACAUCGUCAGGAAUCCUACACGCUCGUCUCGACGCUUGCUACGAACAGUGGCGGCAAUUGGAACGUGAACGGAAACGUACGGAAGCAAGGUUGGCGCUCGCCUAUCCGGGGAGGGCUGUGUCCUCCAGUAACUCCAUACCUGUGCCGAGAUUACCUCCUUGCCCUACAAGGGUAGACAGGCUUACUGUAGAUAUGCUCCGGGAACAUACCAAGGUGUUAACCCUAAUGGGCAAGAUGGAGACUUUACGAGCAAGUGUAUGCGUUGCACAAAACAAGAAACCACACAAGACUGAAGAGUCGAAGAUAACCGUAUUGAAGCGAGGUCAGGAUGUGAACGAGAAGGAGAAAGGACAAGAGCAGGGUAUGGAUCCUGCUACGUUCGACCCCAGUACGUGGCGAGAGGAUGUUAAAAAUUUGGCUGAGAUCGCCCCGCACAGCGAGGUGGAGAGCGCCAUGCUGGCGUGGCGCAGUGCCGUGGGCGCCGUGCAGGCGGCGCGCCGCCGCGAGCUGGCGCCGCACCAGCCGCACCGACACCGCAGCCCCGACCCGAUCCUGCAGCUGGCGGAGGCGGUGAAGCAGCUGAGCGCGAUGGCGCGUCGCGCGCGCUGCGCCAUGUGGUGCGACCUCACGCUCACCGUGGCGCUGGCGCCGCACCACCACGCGCCGCCCCCGCACCACGCACCCACGAACGACUCCGCCUCACAAAGUUCAACGCACUCAACGAGCCCGAAGACACAAGCACCACAAGAAGUGGCAUCAAGCAGCACGAGCCAGUCAAAUGCGAAACCCAAUAACGAUACUAAAGAGGAGAAGGCUACCGAAGUCCAGAAACCUGACGCCAAGAACGAAGCCAAAUCUUCAAACAAAUCGACGGACAAGCCCCAAGACAAGAACCAACAGCGUCGAACACAGAACUACAGGAAAGUUCAACGUAAUGAUUUUUAUCAGAAGAAUCAGAGGUAUGAUAACAGAUUCAUGCAAAACAGGCACCCCUACCACUAUUUGGCCACGGGACCUAUUAACUAA